AUGUCUGCCCCUCCUCCCGCCUCUCUUACCUUGAGCCAUUCGCACAACCUCGCCCGACUGAUCGGCCCGACCCUCCUGACCAUCUCCCUCGCCGAAACGCUAAACCCGCACAUCUGGGCCACCAGCACCGCGUCGGCCGUCUUCCUCAACGGCGCCGUCGUCUUCACCGCGUCCCUCGCCACCGUGCAGGCGCAUAGCCUCUGGAGAUGGACUGCCCGGACGCAGACGCAGACGCAGACGCCGCGGUGGGCGAUUCUGGUCACUCUGGCGGGCUGGGCGGGCGUGGUCGUCGGGUUGACGCGCAUGCUCGCGCCGGAGAGGGUGCUGGAGGGCGUGAGACGCGCGGGCGCCGGGCAGGUCAAGGUCGCGGCGGGGGUGGUUGCGGCGUUUGGUGCCAUUCUUACGGUUUGUGGGUAUUGCUUCUGA